UUCCUGCUGAUUUCCUGCUGCCGCUCUCAGUCAACGUCCAUAUCUCGAAGGUGACGGUUUCGCGCUCGGAACCCUUCACCGUCGACCUCGUGCUACGAAAACGUGAAAUGUAGUUCCGCGUCUGAAGACAUUUCCAUCCAAAAGUAACAAAAUGAAGAUCAAACAUUACCCUGGCAAAGCGGUGAUCAACGAUCCCGCUUGGUUAGAAAUGGACAUUUCUAAUGAUAUCAGAGGACGACAAUAUGAAGCAAAUUGGGAAGACACUCAACGAAAUUUAUCUUCAACUAAUAGUUCGGGGUCGAAUUCUUGGGAUAAGUACAGCGAAGGGACACUUUCGUCAAAAUUGGGGCAUUAUCAGAACAUGUUAGAUGAGUUAGCCCAAGAAGAGUUAUAUACACAGCCUAUAAAAAAGGAGGAGAAGCCUAAAUACCACAGUGAGAAGUGUUUGGCUAGGAUUAACAAUAAUUCAGUUCCGAAUUAUUAUUUACCUUCGCAAGCGAAGAUACAGAAAAGUCGAAGUUUUAAAGAGUCUGAAGAUAAGAAACCGAUACCUAAACCUAGGACCAAGUUGGCCAAAAAUUUCGAUAAUGAAUUCAAGAACGUUGUUAAUGAUUUAGAAAAGCAAAUCAAGUCGGUCAGGUUUAAUGAAGAGGAAGAAGAAGGAACUGGACAAAGAGUUAGUGAAUGGAUUGAUGAUCAAAAUAAAUAUAUCUUGACUGAUAAUGUUCUUAUCAAGGGCGAGGACCUCCCUAAGAAGCCCCGCCAAAGGAUCCCCCCUCGCAAUCUCACACCAUCUCCUUCCGAAAUCAGCGAUGACCCUCCUAGUGCUUACGAUCUGUACAAAAGUGGUGUAAAAGCGCCAGUUCGCGAACCAAAAAACAGUGAUUUUCUCAUUCCUCGUCCGAAACUGAUCGUCCCUGUGCAUACGUAUGCGGUGAGGAGACGGCGGACCGGCAACUUGCAGUGUGCCGGCGAAGAGGUCAUCAAGAACAAAGAUUCGGAGGGUUGCGUCGAAGUCUCUCGCGAAAACAAGUUCCUUAGCACCCUCACCCCUGGCAAAGUCUUGGGCGAGCUUGCAAUCCUCUACAACUGUCAAAGAACUGCCACUAUCAAAGCCGCCACCGACUGUAAACUAUGGGCCAUCGAACGACAAUGCUUCCAGACAAUAAUGAUGAGAACCGGUCUUAUACGACAGGCCGAAUACACCGAUUUUCUCAAGAGUGUACCCAUCUUCAAGAACCUGCCAGAAGAUACUCUCAUCAAAAUCUCCGACGUUUUGGAAGAAACCUUCUACGCGAAUGGAGACUACAUCAUCAGACAAGGUGCCAGAGGUGACACUUUCUUCAUCAUCAGUAAAGGAACAGUCAAGGUGACGAAGAAAGUACCCGAUAGUAAUGAAGAAAAGUACAUCAGGACGUUGGGAAAGGGCGAUUUCUUCGGGGAGAAGGCGUUGCAAGGGGAUGAUUUGCGCACGGCGAAUAUUAUUGUUGAUAAUCCGGAAGGGGUGUACUGUUUGGUUAUUGACAGGGAGACGUUUAAUCAAUUGAUUUCGAAUCUAGACGAGAUCAGGACAAAGUACAAGGAUGAGGGUGUGGAUAGGAGAAGAGAAAACGAAGAAUUCGAACAUGUCCACCUCAGCGAUUUGAAAAAGCUCACAACUCUGGGUGUUGGGGGUUUCGGUCGCGUCGAACUCGUUCAAAUCCAAGGCGAUUCGAAUCGCUCGUUCGCCCUGAAGCAAAUGAAGAAGGCGCAAAUCGUCGAGACGCGUCAACAGCAACAUAUCAUGUCCGAGAAGGAAAUUAUGGGCGAGGCUAAUUGCGACUUUAUCGUCAAGUUAUUCAAGACGUUUAAAGAUCGCAAGUAUUUGUAUAUGCUGAUGGAGAGUUGCUUGGGAGGCGAACUGUGGACGGUGUUGAGGGAUAAAGGACACUUUGACGAUGCCACAACGAGGUUUUAUACCGCCUGCGUGGUGGAAGCGUUCGAUUAUUUGCAUUCCCGCAACAUUAUAUACAGGGACUUGAAACCGGAAAAUCUUCUCUUAGACAAUCAAGGCUAUGUGAAAUUGGUUGAUUUUGGAUUCGCCAAGAAGCUCCACAGUGGCCGCAAGACGUGGACUUUCUGUGGAACUCCCGAAUACGUUGCUCCUGAAGUAAUUUUAAACAAAGGGCACGACAUAAGCGCCGAUUACUGGUCACUGGGCGUACUGAUGUUCGAAUUGCUGACAGGAACGCCGCCCUUCACAGGGGCCGACCCUAUGAAAACCUACAACAUAAUUUUGAAAGGGAUAGACGCCAUAGAUUUCCCUCGAAAUAUCACGAGAAACGCCAUGGCUCUUAUUAAGAAAUUGUGCAGAGAUAAUCCAGCAGAGAGAUUGGGAUAUCAAAAAGGAGGGAUUAGUGAAAUACAGAAGCAUAAAUGGUUCGAUGGUUUUAAUUGGGAAGGUUUGGUGAACAGGACUUUAACGCCACCCAUUUUGCCUCAAGUCAAGCACGUGACCGACACGAGCAACUUUGAUGACUAUCCCCCAGACACGGAUACUCCGCCACCUGACGACAUUUCGGGUUGGGAUGCUGAUUUUUAGCGUAAAUACUAAUUUAGGUUGUUACAAUUGGAUAUUGAUGAGAGCUGUGUGAAUUGCAACGCAAACUAGGUAUAGGUGCCAACGUUGCAAUCGAUCGAUAAUCACAUGACAAUAAUUCUGGUUUUCGACUGAUGGUAGAUGGCCCCAAAAGCGCACAAGUGCCAUUUUAAUUUGUUUUAAAAAGGAAUUGUUUGUAUAAUAUUUUUUUAAUUUACAAUACAUGUUGUGACUGUUUAUAUUUUAACAGAAAGUUACCCAUUUACAUUAUGUGUAUAUUUCAAUAAUUGUAAAGCAAUCAAUAAUUUAAUAAUGAUGUAAAGUUUUUUAUUGUAUAAGUUUGUGAAUAUAAGAUGCUAAAGUUGAA